AUGCAGCUCACCAACAUCCUCGUCGCCGCCCUCGCCGCCGGCUCCUCCACCGCGGCCUCCGUCUCCGCCCGCGCCGCCCGCGUCGCCCGCCAGGCCCCGUGCCCGCGCAUCGGUGCCUCCGACCCCAACUUCGGCGUCGCGGACCUGGCCAGCGGCGUCGUCGCCACCAAGACCCUGACCUUCGACGUCGCCCCCUUCGCCGCGGGGCCCUGCUCCCUGAUCGGCAGCUUCGGCGCCGGCUUCCCCGUCGACCUCGGCGGCGCCGACUUCUCCCGCCUCGACGUCCACAACGCCGCCACCGGCGCCCUCGUAGGCUCCUUCGCGCCCCUCAAGGUCGAGAACGACCGCGUCGUCGAGGACACCGAGGUCACCAUCAACAGCUUCGUCUGCGAGCCCGUCAUGAGCUUCCGCUUCAGCAUCGCCAACGACGCCGAUGCCGACGUCGACAUCAACGUCACCUUCACCGCCGACGCCACCAACGGCUUCUUCAUCCAGAAGGGCGACCAGUGCCCCCAGUAA